GCGGUUCGUGACAGAAGCUGUUCCCGCGCGGAUGAUGCCGACACGAGGAAACAGAUAAUCAGACCAGCAUCAUCAUCGUCUCCGUCUCCACAGCAUCCUCAGGAUGUCGGACUCGGAGAUGUCAGAGUUCGCGAGUAUCGUGGAGCGCAUCGAGAGAGGCGAGGUGCCGAUGAAGAGCAUCGAGCGGGAGCUGAUCUGCCCCAUCUGUGCGGAGCUCUUCACACAGCCGCUCAUCCUGCCCUGCCAGCACAGCGUCUGCCACAGAUGCGUCAAAGAGCUGCUCAUGCCCAGCCACGACGACUCGUUCAGCACAGACGCGGGGUCCGAGAGCUCGAACCCGGGCAGCCCUCGCGCCAGAGGCCCGUCCCCCAGCGUGGAGAAGCUGGAGCGCCUGGUGCGAUCAGGGUCCAUAUCUUCUCCUGGAUGGAGGCGCUCCUCCGUCACUCCCCGAGUCACCGCCUUCCCGUGUCCCGGCUGUCAGCAUGACAUUGAUCUCGGGGAGCGAGGGAUCAGCAUGCUCUUCAGGAACUUCACUCUGGAGAGCAUCGUGGAGCGCUACCGUCAGGCGGCCCGCGCGGCCGUGGCCAUCAUGUGCAACGCCUGCAAGCCGCCCGUUCAGGAGGCCACCAAGAGCUGCAUGGACUGCAAAGCCAGCUUCUGCAAUGAGUGCUUCAAGAUGAACCACCCCUGGGGAACGCCCAAAGCCCAGCACGAGUAUGUGGGACCCACCACCAACUUCAGACCAAAGGUGCUCAUGUGUCCCGAGCACGAGAUGGAGAAGGUCAACAUGUACUGUGAGGUGUGCCGGCGUCCUGUGUGUCAUCUGUGCAAGCUCGGCGGAUCUCACGCUAAUCACAGAGUCACUUCCAUGAGCAGCGCCUACAAGAUCCUGAAGGAGAAGCUAUCGAAGAGUAUCCAUUACCUAAUUAGCAAAGAGGACCAAGUGAGGACUCAGAUUUCUGAGCUGGAGGUGAUGAUGCGUCACACAGAGGAGAACGGGCAGCUCGCCGAGAGACGCGCCAACGAACACUUCGAGCAUCUCUUCGAGACGCUUCAGGAGCGGAGGACGGAGAUGCUGCGCUCCAUCGAGCAGAGCCGGAGUCUGCGGGUGGAGCGUCUGCGGGCGCAGGUGGAGGAGUACCAGGGCAUGCUGGAGAACAGUGGCCUUGUGGGAUACGCUCAGGAGGUGCUGAAGGAGACGGAUCAGUCCUGCUUCGUCCAGACGGCCAAACUGCUGCACGUCAGGAUUCAGAAAGCCACCGAGUCUCUGAAGAUGUUCCAGCCUGCGGCGACGCCGUCGUUCGAGGAGUUUGUGCUGGACACGUCGAAGGAGGAGCUCUUACUGAAGGAGCUGAGCUUCAGCGGCGUUCCUGCGCCUCCAGUGAUCGAUCUCUCUCGCUGCUGCGUUUAUAACGAGGGUCUGAUCCACUGGCGGCUGUCUGAAGACUCUCUGCCCACCGAUCAUUACAUUGUGGAGUUCAGGAAGCUGGGGGCUGAGGAUGAGGAGGAAUCCCGCUGGAGCGCGACUGAGCGUGUUUACAGCUGCAGCACGGUGGUGUCUGAUCUGGCCGGCGACGCUCGCUACGCUUUCAGAGUGAAGAGCUGCCGUAACGGUGUGUUCAGCCCCUGCAGCCCUGAGGUGUCCUUCCACACGCCUCCAGCGCCGGUGUUUGGCUUCAUGUUUAACGAGAAGUGUGGGUUCAGUGCGGAGCGGCUGCAGCUGAGCAAACGCAGGGACUCUGUGGAGAGCGUGGCGGGGAUGAGUUUGCUCUUAGCUGCGGAGCGCGUGCAGACGGGGAGCUACAUCUGUCUCGACUACAUCAUCGGCGACACGGGCAUCUCUCACGGACGCCAUUAA